CAGACAAAGAUUUGAGACGUGACACACCUCGCAAAUGAGAAUCUAGAUUGCCCGGAUUCAGUCUUCCCAAAGGUGGCAGCUACCAUGACAGACUUGAUCUCGACCACGCUCACCACCCUCGAGGCCGCCACAGAUCACUACAAUGUUGUCAAAGAUGACAAGGGUCUCCGGGAGGCUUUCCAUGAGGCGGGUCGAGGGCUGCUCCUCGUCUGGCAGGCUCUCCAAACUGCCAAGACUCAACUGGGCGGACGCAACGCAGCCGAAUAUCCCCAAAACGCCCUGGACUCACUGAAGGCGUGCAACACCAACGCAAAGCUGUCCAAGACUAUACUCAACGCCGUCGCCCAAGCACCGGAGAAUUCGAGGUUCGAGGGUUACAAAGAGGCCGUGAUACAAGAGGGCAAGGGAAGAACGACAGAGGUCUUGAUGAUUGGGAUGAUGAAUUAUGUAUGUACCUUGGUCGAGGACUGUGCGAUCGGAGCAGAAAUGGAAGACCAAGUCAACGGGUUACGCAGUGCCAUCGACAAGCUAUCAAAGAUGGAGCCGUCCGUGCCGAAUGAGAAGUUGGGCGGCUCUUUUACGCACUUUGGCUCUGGCGACCAACUCAACGCUCCCGGCGGCACCGUGAACAAGAGCACAGGCGAGGGUAAGCACUUCCCUGGAGCUAGUUUCUUUGGUCCAGUGCAUUUUGACAACAAUCCGAGCUAAGAAGGACUACUACCAUAAGGCAAUAUAAUAUAC